CACCAUCCAACGGUACACACAACUUCUGUCUUGACAGCCAUAAACCGUUUUCUUCAACAAUCAGUUACCCUGGUAUGCCUUAUCUUCUUCCUGGUUCUGUCUCUUUCAACCAGAACCCACCGAAAUAAAACGGCAGCUACAGCAGAUUAAAUCCUAAAGAUGCGUCGUCUUUGGAAUUUGCUCACUCACGUUCAUUCGGUAGCUGGGCCAGUUUUGAUGUUAUUAUACCCCUUAUAUGCAUCAGUUUUAGCCAUAGAAAGCCCGUCGAAAGUGGAUGAUAAGCAGUGGCUUUCUUAUUGGAUCUUGUAUUCAUUUAUAACUCUUGCGGAGAUGUUACUCCAGUCAGUUUUAGAGUGGAUACCAAUUUGGUACACAGUGAAGUUCAUAUUCACAAUAUGGUUGGUUCUACCACAGUUCAGGGGAGCAGCUUAUAUUUAUGAUAGGUUUGUAAGACAGCACAUAAAGCAGAACACAGGGAGGAAAGUUCACUUCCAUUACUGAUCUCCUGUUAGCAAUGGCAAGGGCAAGAAAAAGUUUGUGGACUUCAUUGUCCCAAAGAAAGUCUAUGAGUUAUCAUAAGAAGAUGCAUUGGAAGUAUGCAUAGAAUUUUUAUUUAUAAUAAUAUUGUUAGUUCCUAGAGGGUUAAUUUUGAUAUGUGAUUGGCGUGUAAAGAAUGUAUGAGAGUGCAAGUAAGCUUAAGAAAAAACAACUAGGAUUUAAGUAGAAUUUUGUAAUGAAAUGUGGAUAAUGUGAAUGUGGAGUGGACAGGGAGAGCAUGAGGCAUACUAAAGGGGAGCAUCCUAAGUAGCCGGUCAUGUGUGAAUUAGUUGAAUUUGAUUUCUUGUUUUGGUGGUUUGUGUAAUGUUAAACUUUGAACCCGUGUAUAAUAAGUUAAUUGCUUUUAUUUCUUAAA